AUGUUUACCAGGGCGGUUCAAGAGCAUCCCGAGAAGCAGAAGAAGCAGAAUGCAUUGCAGCCAAACCGUGGCAGGCUAAAUGCUACAGUGCAGUCACAUAGCCUGCAAUCAAAUUCACAGCGCAAGGCUGAUUUUACAUCGGAGCUCAGCAGAAGCGCCCUAGAAGAUCUUCAUGAUGCAGUAUACUUUGGCGAAAACGAUUCCGAAAAUGAAGAAUUCCUUGAGAUGGCAUACCAAGCGUCCCAGGACACUCAAUCGAAAACCAUAUCUCACAGUUCUUCCUUUGCAGACGCAAAUCCACGGAAAAACAACAGCAGCGCUCCCACUGAAGUUAUACCUUCAAGCAGCUUUCCAAUACCUUGGUCUUCUUCUCCCCCGCGUGAGCCGGAACUUGCCAAGCCACUGCAGCAGCAACCGAAGAAGCGAACGCUACCUUGGGAAGAUAUCACGCAGGAUAACAGAGGGAAAUCUGGGCCUUAUCCAGACUAUUUAAUUACCAAUAGAAAUACGUCCUUUAAGAAGCCCAUGCUGAACGGUUACGGUGUUCCACCAGCGCCACAACCAGCACCUCUUAAGAAUCAAACUGUCAAAGAAGAACAAAUACCCAUUAAAAAGGAGAAAUACAUGCCGUGGGAUAAGACAUUUAGUGCUGUCAAGGAAGAACAAAAGGAGCUGAGGAAACAGAUGAAAAUCAAGUCACUGACCGCAUCAGAGAAGAGGCUUAAUAACGCUCAAAGACCCUCCAAUACCCGAGUUCCCUCUAUAUUUUUCAGCGAAGAACAGAACCAGGUUAUUGAGACAAUCGUGAAAAAGGGGAAAAGUGUUUUCUACACUGGUUCUGCAGGGACGGGUAAAUCUGUGCUUAUGCGGGAAAUCAUAAGACAAUUGCGGCUGAAAUAUCGGCGGGACUCCGAUGCCGUUGCCGUGACUGCAUCAACAGGAUUGGCGGCUUGUAAUAUUGAGGGAGUAACACUGCACAGCUUUGCUGGCGUUGGACUAGGGAAGGAGUCAACUCAGGAGCUUGUCAAAAAGGUAAAACGUAACCAAAAGGCCAAGAAUCGUUGGCUAAAAACUAAGGUACUCAUUAUUGACGAAAUAUCAAUGGUCGACGGAGACUUCUUUGACAAGCUGGAGGAACUAGCCCGUAAAAUCCGAAACAACGGAAGGCCCUUUGGUGGCAUCCAACUUGUUACUACUGGCGAUUUUUUCCAGCUCCCACCAGUUCCCGAAGGCGGGAAAGAAGCAAAGUUUGCUUUUGCCGCAGGAACGUGGAAUACGUCAAUUCAGCACACGAUUCUCUUAACGCAAGUGUUCAGACAAAAAGAUCCCGAUUUUGCCAAUAUGUUGAACGAAAUGCGGCUUGGACGUCUAAGCCCUUCGGCUAUUCAAGCAUUCAAAGAUCUCUCACGACCCUUAAACUGUGGUGAUAAUAUCGAGGCAACGGAACUGUUUCCUACGAGGGCGGAAGUGGAUCUAGCUAACUCUGAGAGAAUGAAUCGCCUCUCAGGCUCUGUCAUGACAUUCCACGCAGCAGAUUCAGGGGCAAUCAAAGAUGAACAAUUCCGUGCCAAGUUGCUGAGCAAUUGCAUGGCACCCCCUACAAUUCACCUCAAAAAGGGGGCCCAGGUGAUGCUUAUCAAGAACAAGGACGAAACUCUUGUGAAUGGGUCUUUAGGCACAGUCAUUGCAUUUAUGGAUGAAGCCGGCUUUGAUAAUCACAUCAAAGAAGGUCUGAGAUAUGAAAAUGGCAACUUUGACUUCGAUGGCGAGCCGGACCAUGCAAGGCAGAAAAUUAAAAGUAUGGCUUUGGACCAAAAACCCAAAACUGGUGGUAUUAAUACAGCCGCACAAUACCCCUUGGUUGCCUUUAUAUUACCAGAUGGUUCGGAGAGGCAGCUUUUAUGUAUGCCUGAAGCCUGGAAAAUUGAACUCCCCAAUGGCGAGGUUCAGGCUCAAAGACUUCAAAUUCCGCUUAUCCUUGCAUGGGCAUUAUCAAUACAUAAAGCCCAGGGACAAACGUUGCAACGUGUCAAAGUCGAUCUCGGAAGAGUAUUUGAAAGGGGUCAAGCUUAUGUUGCCCUCAGUCGAGCAACGUCCAAAAACGGACUACAAGUAUCCCGCUUUGAUCCUAAGAAGGUCAUGGUACACCCGAAAGUGACAGAGUUUUAUCAGAACCUGUCAAGUAUCAACGAUAUCAAUAACGGAAACAAGCCCAAGGUGAUUGCAGAUGGGAACAACUCGGAUGCAGAUGACGAUUUCGACUCAAUAGCUCAGUACGUUUAG